AUGUCGGAGUCCGGAGCUGUCCACCCGGUGGUGCUGAAUGUCGGCGGCACGAACUUCUCCUCCUCCAUGGCCACGCUCACGCGAUACCCGGACUCGCUGCUCGCCCGCCUGGUGCAUCGCGGCACCCAUGGGCAGGGAUCAGGAGGACAGCAGCAGCAGCAGCCGCUGUUUGUGGACCGUGACGGGACGCUGUUCCGCCAUGUGCUGGCCUUCCUGCGGGAUGGGGCGCUCAGCCCCGGCCUGCAGGGCCCGGAGCUGCGCUCGCUGGGCCGCGAGGCCGCCUUCUACGAGCUGCACGCGCUGGUGCGGGCCAUCCAGCAGGCAGAGGCGGCGUCGCGAGCCGAGUUGCUGGAGGUCCGCUUCUCGCUGCAGGAGGGCGGCGCCGCCUUCUUCCGCGUCUUCGGCUCCCGCGCCGACUCCGUGCUCGAGCUCGCGGAGCGAGUCCACGUCUCCAGCGAGCACGAGCACGAGCAGCAGCACCUCCACUUGCACCAGCAGCAGCACAGCUGGGCCGGGUGGCCGCUGCAGGCCGCUCCCACGUGGUCAUCGUCGGGCCCGGCCGCCAGCCUGGAGCGCGUGGCUCUGCAGAGGCCCUCGCACCACGACUUCGUGUUCCAGUGCGGCCCCGCACCGUCCUCCACUGGCGCCAGCUUCGUGAGGUACGUGUCGAUCGAGCCCGAUCAGCGACGACUGACCAAUGGGGUGAACGUGCUCGGCCUGCUUAUCGACACCGUCCUCAGGGAGGGCUUCCGAUUGGUCGCCGCGCGCACCGCCUCGCCCGACGACAGGGUCGAGUGCUACACCUUCGAGCGAGGGCACCCAAUGGGAGGCCAGCAUCACGACAACAAGGCAAUGGCAGCGGGGCGCGAGCAGCCAAUCGGAGGGCACGGCAAGGCGGCCAAUGGCAAGCCGGCGAAGAAGUAGCCGUUGGGGGGUAGGUUUGGUGGAGGGGGACUGUCCCUUGACCUCUGAGUCCGUGUCUCCACGUGUUAUUGUAGAAAGUAAAGAGGACCUCUCACAACGCAACCCAGCGCCAGCCCCACCCACCUCUUCCGCCACCCAUGGCCUUCUGGGAGUGCAUAAUUUCAGCAGAAGUUGAAAAACAAUCAGCUAAUUAAACUAUAAACUAUAUCUUGACUUAAAGCUUUCGUGACUGCAGGAAUUCGUAUUCUUGGGUCUUUUC